UCGCGGCCGCGGCCGGUGACGUCAUCGGCCCCGCGCCUCCGCCCCGCCCGGCUCCCCGGCCUCCCGUCCCGCUGCGCCGCUCUGCCGACCGUCGCCCGCCGCCGCCAAAAUGUCUACAGGUGCACCUGCAGGUUCGAGUGCUGCCUCUGGCAGUAACCGAAGACUUCAGCAGACACAAAAUCAAGUGGAUGAGGUGGUGGACAUCAUGAGAGUCAACGUGGAUAAGGUGUUGGAAAGAGAUCAGAAGCUGUCGGAAUUAGAUGAUCGUGCAGACGCACUGCAGGCUGGAGCUUCCCAAUUUGAAACAAGUGCCGCCAAGCUGAAGAGAAAAUACUGGUGGAAGAAUUGCAAGAUGUGGGCGAUAGGGAUUGUCGUCGUGGUCAUCAUCAUCAUCAUCAUCAUCGUGUGGAACGUGUCCCCGUGAAGAAACAGUGAAGCUCCGGCCUGCUGUUCGAGAAACCUCUUCAAGACGUUUGACUUAGAACCUGCUAUACUCUCGAGCUCGCCUACUGUUCUGUCUAAAGUGAAUAUCUUCUGUUUGUUACUGUCAAGUUUAAUUUCUGGGAAACGUGCCUUUUUGAUCGUAAGCACUCCAAACUUGAAGUGCGGCCACCCGGCCCACACUUGGCCCGGCGCCUUCAGACUGCCGCGUGGCUGAGGAAGCGGACUUGAGUUCCAGAGUGUCGUAACCUGGAAGUCCCGCUGCGUGAUUAAUUGCCAUUAAUUUCAGUUAAGGGGAUUCGUUCCCAGAGGCUCCCCCUGUCACACGGCAUCUUCAGAACCACAUUUUAAACCUUUAGGUAAUCAGAAUUCCAGUUUGUGCCUUCCAGAAAGAACACUACUGCCUAACACAAAUCUGUAACCAUAACAGGUUGUGCCUUACUUUGCUAUUUUUCCGAUCCCCUGUAAGAGAACUCUGUACUGUUUGUAAGCACUACUGACCCUUGCGCCGUAUUUAAAAAUAAGAUUCUGACCGAGAGUUUUUGCUCUUACCGUAGAUACGAAGAUGUUUACUUUCCUGUUACUGUUUUGUAUCACUUGCUAAAAAUGUUAUUUUCAUCAGAAAUAAUCGCCUCUCGAAAACGUUUUUACAGAGCCAAGGCCAUGACCAAAGUUUCUAUUUUGCCAAAAAGUUAAAUGCCAGUACAGCGUCCUCAAGUCUGUUCCCGACGGAUAAAUUCAGAAGAGUGACAAAUGGAACUUAAGGUGCCCUUCAGAAUUCAAAUGAUAAUAUUACAGUGAACCUUCUACAUCCUAUCAGGCCCUUCUUGCCUUUGAGAUGCUGUAUGUGGUGCAGCUCCCGCCUGCACCCCGCGCCCCCGCCCUGAUUGAGCAUUUCUCCCAGGGGUUAGAGAAGGUUUAAGCUAGACUCCAACCAUCUCCUACCCAGACGCCGAUCUCUGUCUACCCAGAGGUUUGCAGAUUGUCGGCUCUGGACUCCAGUAGGUUUCUAAUAAUUACGUGAGCAGCAACUUUAUAGCCUUCGAGUGAGACCCAUCUGUGAACUGGUCAUUAGGUGGCCCCGUCCCCAUAGACGAUGGCUUUUUGGAGUUUGUUUCCUAUUUUUAUCCAUAUUCCACUUCCUAAAUCUGUCUUCUAAAUUACGCUUUCAGCGAGGCAUCGGUCAAGGGUGGAUGACUCUUCUCACGAGAAUAGCUAACCAGAGACACUUUCUUUUUUCGAUGUCAUAGACUGUGUGCACAAGAUGCUGCUUUGGAAAUAGCGUUGUCAUCUGAGAGACUUGUGUAUGUGAGACUCUCGUCAUCAGGGUGUGUGGCUUAAGGAUGGGAAUUUAGGUAGGAAUGACAACAGGCAAGGAGGCGCUGAGGGAGAAAUACGGAGGGAUCAACACUCUGGCCCGCUGUCACGGAGGAUUCUAAAAUUCCUGUUCACGUGCUAGCGUGUGACUUACAAAGCAACAACAGUUGAGGUGUGCAGGAACACGGGCUCCAUUUCUUUAAGAUCUGUUCCCCUGACAUCACUGAAGUGAUGCAGUAUUGAGGACACCCCGGCUGGGAGAAGGAAGCAGCGGUCAGCGUCGGGACAUUAGCUCGCCCUCGGCUCAGGGUCCCUGGCCGUGUCUGACUCUGAAACCUUGGUGCUCCCUCCUUGCCUGAUGCCCAGUCCCAUGUAACCCGCCGGCUCCUGCAUUAACCCAGGGGCACCUCGCUUGUAUCUGUGCAUUUGGCUGGGAACUUGCCCACUAUUAUGAGCUGAAUAAACUGUUUAUAAACUUGA